GGCAACGCUGUUGCAAAAUACAACCAGACGCUGCUUUUUUUACGUGCGGCAGCUGAAAAUAUUUGGAAAAACUGGCAAAAACUACAAACAAGGGGAGGCAACGAAUUAAAUUAGCUCGCGUCAAUCAACCUUUGCUCGAAUUGAGGCACACCAGUUUCCCAGCAGCAUUUUCGUUUCAGCUCCACUGUAAUGGCGGAGUAUUUGGCAUCCAUUUUUUUUUUUUUUGGCACGGAAAAGGACAAAGUAAACUGCUCGUUCUACUUUAAAAUUGGCGCCUGCCGUCAUGGAGAUCGCUGCUCCCGCAUACACAACAAGCCGACAUUUUCGCAAACAGUUCUCCUGCAGAAUCUGUACGUUAAUCCGCAGAACUCGGCCAAAUCGGCGGACGGGUCGCAUUUGGUGGCCAAUGUAUCAGACGAGGAAAUGCAGGAGCAUUAUGACAACUUCUUCGAGGACGUUUUCGUCGAAUGCGAGGACAAGUACGGGGAGAUCGAGGAGAUGAAUGUGUGCGACAAUCUGGGCGACCAUUUGGUCGGCAAUGUCUACAUCAAAUUCCGGAACGAGGCCGAUGCAGAAAAGGCAGCGAAUGACUUGAACAAUCGCUGGUUCGGCGGCCGACCUGUCUACUCGGAAUUGUCGCCGGUCACCGAUUUCCGCGAAGCCUGCUGCAGACAGUACGAGAUGGGAGAGUGCACACGUUCCGGAUUCUGCAAUUUCAUGCACUUGAAGCCCAUCUCGCGGGAGCUGCGAAGAUAUUUAUAUUCUCGGCGUCGGCGUGCCCGCUCCCGUUCCCGCUCGCCACGUUCGCGCCGCUCCCGCAGCCGGGGGUCACGCUCUCCCCGCCGACGUCGCGAUGGCAACGAUGGAGUUGGUGGCGGCCACUACGAGCAGCGCGACAGAGCUGCAAAUGAAGGACGAGGCAUGGACCGUGGCGGUGGCAACGAUCGGGGUGGCAAUGACAGAGGCGGCGGCGGCGGUGGCAAUGAUCGAGGAGGCAACGAUAGGGAUCGUCGCAAAGGCGGCGGCGGUGGU